AUGGAAAGAACUUUAAGCCAAGAUAUCCGAAACGAGCGUGAAGAGCUUCGAGAGGCAGCAGAACAGACUCUGAAUGCCAUUGUUGACCUCAACCUCGAUGGAUCCAUUAGAUGGGUCAGUCCAUCGUGGACUGAUGUCGUCGGCACUCCCUUCGACGAGAUCAGUGGCAAGCCAAUAUCGGACCUCAUUGUCAGCGAGAACAAGUGCAUUUUUACGGAUGUCAUAGUUUCCAUGAGAAAGGACGAUUCGAAGAGUUAUAGGAUCCGGUUCACAGUUCAGCUAGGUCCCUUGUCCAAGUUGCGAGACGGAUCGGAACCCGCAAGAGACCCACAAUCACAGGCAGGAUCCGAGCCCCAGACAGCUCAUCUCGAGGCUCAAGGCAUCAUGGUGUACGACAGCACCUCGGGGGAUGAGAGUCACACGAUGUGGAUGCUUCGCCCGUGGACUGCCCCGCAGGAAAUCCAAAUAGACUUGCCGGAUGUCAUCGUAGACUCCCUGGGAUCUGGUGCUGAGCUACUGGCCAGCUACCUCACAAGGCUCGCUGAAACUGGUGGCGACGAAUCGGGGACCCGUGACCCGCCAGCAUCCGUCCUGUGUCGCAUAUGCGAGCGAUAUAUUUCUCCGUGGUGGUUUGAAAAGCACACCGACUUGUGUCUGCUAGAACACCGAGCAGAGAUGGACGUUCAAAUGGCCCAGGAGAACCUCGCUGAACAUCGGCACGCCAUUGUGAAAGUCCUCGAUGCGCUGGAAGCACGGAAGGGCCGCUUAAUGAUUGGGGAGCAACAGACUGGAGGACCAUUGGCAGAGUAUAAAGGCAUGCCCAUUGGACCACCUCCAUCCACUCAAUCCUCUCCCGGUACGUCUUUGGCGCGGUCGCGUGAGCGAACUGGUGGUUUCGGGCAUUCAAGGACGCGGUCGUUCGCUAUUCGUCGACCCCAAGCUCGCAUAGUGGAGUUGCUCAUGGACCUCUGUGAUACGGCCCUUGAGAUCAGCACCCCAGCCAUCAAAGAGACGUCACAACAAGAUGAAGAAGAGCUUCGCACGCAGUCUCCACAGUCGGAGUCGAGGAUAUCGCAGGUUUUGCAGUGGCAGUCACCCUCUACCAAUACCUUGGAACAAGAACAGGGCUUAGCUCUUCUAUGUUCGGAUACGGAAAAAGUGGCCCGGGCCAAAGUUGAUGCUGUAUUCCGCCAUCGCAGAAUCAUCGAGUACUCUGAGCGCAUACGCAUCGAAAUGGCUGUCCUUGUCCAAGAUUGUAUUGACGAGGCCAUGAGAAAGGCCGCGAGGAUAGCGGCUGGCCGGCUGAGUGACUCUACCGAGGAUGAGACGGAAGAAGGGCCGCAGGAAUGCCUGCCCGAAGGCAAUGUUGAAGGCUGCCACGCGAAUGAAGAGCAUCGUGGCCGCUCAGUCGAGAAUGCCUCGAAGCAGUCUGUUUCCGGUCCUUCGGCGUUGGCCGCUGCUUUGCGUCAAAUGGAUAUUACCGGCUCAAUCGUAUCGCGCCGCGCGUCUCUAGUUGGAUCGACUGGAUCAAGCAGUCCCAAGGAAUGCCCUACGCCGCGGUCUGCAGCAGAUAACGGCUCCGUCUUGGUUGGCCAUGCGCGUCACAACAGGCGAGGUUCGUCUCUUUUGUACGAAACUGAGCUCGCCGAGGGGCAUGGUAGCUUCCGCUCAUCCUCUGUGACUUCGCGCCACGCACCGAGAACAGAGUCCCCGAUAUCUGAGUUUGGCGAUUUGAGACGAGCGGCCAGCACCCGACAACAUAAUCGAAAAAGUCUUGUCAUCCCGGGGGCUUCCUCUCCUAUGCGGCAAGAGUCUCCGUCUCGCUCUACGCAACCAUCGUCGCCGCUCCGUGUCAAGCCAAAAGCUAACCCCUUCCCGGAGGGAGUGGCUUCUCCCGAAGCAUCACCCAUGUUCCCUACCAGCGAGUUCAGCUCGCCCGUUUCUCAUCCAGUACGCCACCAUAGAAGACAAUCGUCGGCAGCCGUCUCAGACUUCAUCAUGCGAGCACCACCCUCGCCUCGCCUGAGUGCCAACCAAGCACCUCCCCAAGCUCGCGCCGCUCAGCCGUCAAUCAAGGACUUUGAAAUCAUUAAGCCAAUCAGUAAAGGUGCUUUCGGAAGCGUGUACUUGUCAAAGAAGAAAUCCACGGGCGAAUAUUUUGCCAUCAAAGUCCUGAAGAAGGCCGACAUGGUCGCGAAAAACCAAGUUGGCAACGUCAAGGCUGAGCGAGCCAUUAUGAUGUGGCAAGGGCAAAGCGACUUUGUCGCAAAGCUCUAUUGGACGUUUUCCAGCAAGGACUAUCUUUACCUGGUAAUGGAAUAUCUUAAUGGAGGCGACUGCGCCUCAUUGAUCAAAGUGCUUGGCGGCCUUCCAGAAGAAUGGGUGAAGAAAUAUCUCGGUGAAGUUGUGCUAGGUGUCGAGCACCUACAUGAAAGGGAUAUCAUUCAUCGUGAUCUGAAACCCGACAAUCUGCUCAUUGAUCAAAAAGGCCACUUGAAACUGACUGAUUUCGGCCUGUCGCGCAUGGGAUUGGUUGGCAGACAAAAGCGCGCUCUGAAUAGCGAGACAACGGAUGCUACCCCGGAUCUUCUUAAACACGGCCCUUUUUGCAGAUCUACGUCCAUACCAUCGUCUAGAUCAACUUCUCUCGAUCUUCACGGUCCUUCCCAGUCACCGGGGGGGACCCCGAUUAUGACACCUGACACAGGAAACGUGGGUCAACCAUCCUACUUCAGCCUUUCGACAUUGUCGCCGGACAAUCGUCGAGUAUCCAGCAGUCAUCGGAGCGACAGUGUGGGCAGCGAAUCGCUGGCCCACUUGCUUGGCUCGUUCACGUUGACCGAUUCCGAACCUGGAUCACAACUUCUUGGCACUAAGAUUCCACUGGAAGAAGAGGCAGUCAUUCAAGGUUCUCCUGACAUGAUUGCAAGCCAGCCCAAUAUCAGAGCUAGCGUGGACGGGCACUUCCGAUCGUCACUUCCGUCGUCCAACAUGAUGCCACCGCCGAUGGCUCUGUUCGAUCCUGAGGACACCAAUCGACGGUUCGUGGGGACUCCCGACUACCUGGCUCCGGAGACCAUCAAGGGAGACAAACAAGAUGAGACAAGUGAUUGGUGGUCUGUGGGAUGUAUCAUGUUUGAAUUCCUAUACGGGUUCCCGCCUUUCCAUGCUCCCGAAGCCGAACAGGUGUUCGAGAACAUUCUGGCACGAAGAAUACAGUGGCCUGAUGAGGCCGACUGUGAGCCCAUUUCAGACGAAGGAAAGGACCUUAUCAACAAGCUCCUGUGCGUGGAUCCAAAAGAACGAUUAGGAUCAAACCGGGACGAAAAGUUCCCAUCGGGGGGCGAGGAGAUUCGAAGUCAUGCUUGGUUCGAAGGAAUCAGCUGGGACACUCUGCUUGAAGAUGAAGCACAGUUUGUGCCUCAACCGGAGAAUCCCGAAGAUACCGAAUAUUUCGAUGCUAGAGGGGCGGUUUUGCAAUCUUUUGCAGAGGAGAUGGAAGACCAAAUGUCUCCUCAAUUAUCAAGCGGAGGAACCGAGUAUCCUGACCGACCACAUGAUGCUCUCUCUCGAGUGCGAUCUCAAGUCAACUCGAUGAAUCGCAAGCUGAUGCCGCUUCACAUACCUCCCCACGUCCGAGAAAUCAAGCCGAGGAGAUUGAGCGAGCCAGUGGCGGCCGACGACUUCGGGUCGUUCACUUUCAAGAACCUCCCGGUGCUAGAAAAGGCGAACAAGGAUGUCAUUCAGAAGCUGCGUGCUGAUGCGCUCGCCGCGCAAAACAAGCAGUCCUCCGUUAGUCCGGGAGGGGGUGGAAGCGUGACUUCGCCAGCACCGUCGCUGGAUGGCAGCCCGGUACUGUCCACUCAUCUGCAUCGAUCCAUUUCCAACACCAAGGCAAGCAAUAGGCCACAAUCUCCGUCGGGGUACAGCCAUUCCAAUUCGUCCCCGAGCCGCAUCUCUCAACCGUCCUCGCCGCUGCUGGUCUCCUUCGUUGCGGGGCAGGGAGCCGAAGGCAGACGGAAGGCCUCCAGCAAUUCAUCGAGCUUGUCGCAUCAGUCCGGCGCAGCAGCGCAGCCUCACCCCGGCCUUGACGUGCCCAAGGUCCCGCCGUGCCUGACCAAGGCGAUGACGACGAUUGCUGCAUCACCUAUCAAGGGUCGUGGGUCGACACCGGCGCCGGUUGGCCCAUCACCCCAGAAGCUGGCAUCGACGCCACGGCAUGGCAGCGGCUCCACAACGCGUUCCAGGUCGUUGACGGUAGGGUCCAGCGAAGCGAGCCCCAUAGCGUGCGAUGUUGUUCAGCACCACCGAAACCGCAGGAGUCAAGUUUUCGACAUGUCCCCCUCAUCCUCUGACAACGAGGGUGACAAGCACAAUGCCCUGCUGCGCGUACAGCGUCGCAGGCAAAGCUCGCGGCGACUUUCGCAAAUUGCUUUCGACAAUGGCCCUAGCUUUCGGCCUCUGGACGUCUUGAUCUGCGAGGAUCAUCCGGUGUCAAGGAUGGUGAUGGAGAAGCUGCUGGAAAAGCUCCGGUGCAGGACAAUUAGCGUGGCAAACGGCUCCGAAGCCGUCCGGUACGCGAUGAGCGAGAUUCAGUUCGACGUCAUCUUCCUGGAGUACAAACUGCCCCAAAUCAGCGGAGCCGAUGUGGCAAGAAUGAUACGAGAGACGAAGAACGCCAACUCCCACACCCCCAUUGUGGCCAUUACUGCGUACCUCAAGGAGCUGCAGGCGCCGCACUACUUUGACUCGUUGAUCGAGAAACCCAUCAGCUCGUCCAAGCUGACAGAGGCUCUGCGAAGUUUGUGUCAGUGGCAGCCUCCAUCCCCAAGCCGCACGACGUCAGGUCCUCUGCCUUAUUCCGCGCAGAUGGGGGUCAGGAAGACGAACACGCGAGCAGAAGAAAGCCCGACGUCGGGCUCCUCUGCCUUUCCAGGGCGACAAUCAUCCGCCGUGGUGUCCAGCCGAGAGGAUUCCAUCACGUCCAGCAUGUUUGGGGGCGAUUCAGAGUCUUUGACCGCGGAGGAUGUCCCCGUUGUUAUCAGCCGGAAAGCAACGGGUGACUGCUGGGACGAAGGCGGUCUCGGCAUCAGUGACGUAGAUUUUCUUGCCGAGUCACCCAAGCCGAUAAUACCGUCUCUGCUGACGCAGCAGUCGGCCCCCGCACAGAUGGAGCAUCUUCGCGCAGGGGAACGAAAUAGACCCCGCGGGGAAGGCGGCGAAAAGAAGAGUGCAGAAGGGACAGAGUCGGCGGAUGACGAGGACGAUGAUUGCGGAGUCUCCAGAGGAAAGCACCGACGAUGCAGCAGCAAGCCUUUGCAGGGCAAAUCGGUGCUCCCCAGUUCGAAGCUGGGGAUUGAGAUGAUGCGCGCUGAUAGCCACGAAAGCGUUACGUUUGGGUCUGAAGGCACGCCCGAGACGGUCACGCACGUGGCUACAACACCUUCCCAAGAACUGGCCACUCCCAUCCUGUCGGCGAGCAAGGCGACGGACAAGUCGGACCCCGGGCAAAGUCGCCAGGACACCCAUGCUCACCCACUUUCCAGAUGUGAGCAAGAACCGAGCGAUGAACGGACUGGGCUGCCGGAGUGGGCGGAUCUUACGCCUCGAGCACCGCCAUGGAGCCGCCGCGCGGAUGCUGAAGAGGAAGCAACACCACGUCCAGCUUGCAAAUGA